AUGCUCGGUUUCGCAGAAGGGCUUACUGUUGGCGAUGCGAAAGGCAAUUGGGACGGCAUUGGGGUUGGAUUUCCAGAAGGAGUAAUCGAAGGACUUGAUGAAUGGAUUGGUGUCGGUUUACUCGAAGGCUGCAACGACGGCUCCAUACUUGGUUGCCCAGAUGAACGUUGGGAAGGCUCGAAAGUUGGUGAAGAACUUGGCUUGACACUUGGGCUGCAAGAUGGGAUUGAAGAGGGUGAUUUAGAUGGAAUUCUUGUAGCUCUGAUUGACGGUGAAGAUGUUGGAUGUUGCGAGAACACCAAGGUCGGCUCGAAAGUUGGUGAAGAGCUUGGCUCCGCGCUUGGGCUGCGAGAUGGGAUUGAUGAGGGCGAUUUAGAUGGAAUUCUUGUAGGUCUGAUUGACGGUGAAGAUGUUGGAUGUUGCGAGAACACUAAGGUCGGCUCGAAAGUUGGUGAAGAGCUUGGCUCCGCGCUUGGGCCGCGAGAUGGGAUUGAUGAGGGCGAUUUAGAUGGAAUUCUUGUAGGUCUGAUUGACGGUGAAGAUGUUGGAUGUUGCGAGAAUACCAAGGUCGGCUCGAAAGUUGGUGAAGAGCUUGGCUCCGCGCUUGAGCUGCGAGAUGGGAUUGAUGAGGGCGAUUUAGAUGGAAUUCUUGUAGGUCUGGUUGACGGUGAAGAUGAUGGGAUUGAUGAGGGCGAUUUCGAUGGAAUUCUUGUAGGUCCGGUUGAAGGUGAAGAUGUUGGACGUUGCGAGAACGCCAAGGUCGGCUCAUCUGAAGGAACCCCAGACGGCUCAUGCGAUGGAUCAUUCGAUGGAAGUAGCGAGGGAUGA